AGCAGAAGAAGAUAUCAGCCGGAUUGUUUUUGCGCUUGCUCACUUCAGUGCACGUGAGGGUAUAGCAUGAGGGUAUAGCAGGGCCGAACCGUCCCGAACUAAUGUCUAAAGCAAAACAGAAACGGGCUAGACGGCUGGGUUUUCUCGGGAAAUCUAAGGAUGGCAAAGAUGGUCGAAAGGUUGGUUCUUCAGGCCAAGCAAAAACUACAGAGCGGGCAUCUCAGCAGCACAGAAAUCCAGAUGAAAUUAGGAGGCAAAGGCUUCAGGACCUCCAAGAAAAACAGAAAAUGUCCAGAGAACGAGAGAUGAUGAAGAGAAGGAAUUUGCAAACCUUUCAGAGUGAUAUUUUGCAACGCCAGAGGGACUUUGAACUAAGGGAAACAGAAAUGCAGAGUUUAGAAAAGAACAUUAAUUUUGAAAAUGAAAAUUCCCGUAAGGCAUAUUACAGAGAAUUCAAAAAGGUUGUUGAGGCUUCUGAUGUUAUUUUGGAAGUGUUGGAUGUGCGUGAUCCACUUGGCUGCAGAUGUCCCCAAGUAGAACAAGCAGUCAUUCAAAGUGGAACCAACAAGAAGAUAGUAUUGGUUCUGAAUAAAAUUGAUUUGGUGUCAAAGGAAAUUGUUGAAAAAUGGAUUAAGUAUCUCCGUAAUGAAUUCCCUACUGUGGCAUUCAAAGCAUCCACACAGCAGCAGAAUAAGAAUUUGAAACGCAGUAAUGUGCCGGUAACUCAAGCCACUCAAGAGCUUCUCAGCAGCAGUGCUUGUGUUGGUGCAGACUGCUUAAUGAAACUACUUGGCAAUUACUGCCGCAACUUGGACAUAAAGACUGCCAUCACGGUUGGUGUUGUAGGUUUUCCUAAUGUGGGCAAAAGCAGUUUAAUCAACAGUUUAAAACGGGCUCGGGCAUGUAAUGUUGGAGCUACUCCUGGUGUCACCAAGUGCCUUCAAGAAGUGCAUUUGGAUAAACAUAUUAAACUGCUGGAUUGCCCUGGCAUUGUCAUGGCAGUAUCAACAUCAGAUGCUGCAAUGAUUCUGCGUAACUGUGUAAAAAUUGAACAGUUGGUUGAUCCUCUUCCACCAGUUGAAGCUAUCCUUAGACGCUGUAACAAAGCUCAAAUCAUGCAACAUUAUGGAGUACCAGACUUUCACACAGCUUUGGAAUUUUUGGCACUUCUUGCACGCCGCCAAGGCAAACUAAGAAAAGGAGGAUUACCCGAUACUGACAAAGCUGCAAAGGGUGUAUUAAUGGACUGGACAGGUGGAAGGAUAAGCUACUUCACCCACCCUCCAGAGACACAUACUCUUCCUACUCAUGUUAGUGCAGAGAUUGUAUCAGAAAUGGGGAAAGCCUUCGACUGGGAAGAGUUGGAAAAAGGAAAUCAAGAGAUUCUUGCCGAGUCAUUUGCUCAAGAUGCCCAAAUGGGAUUCUGCAUUGAAUCUUCCGGAAUGACCCAGGGUGACCUUUGUGAAGCCACUCUUGAUCGAGAAAUGGAAGAAAAUACAACUGACUUCAAGGAUGAAACAGAAUCUAUGGAGGAUGACAGAGACCCAGAGUUUGGGCCUAUGACUGUGGAGUUCAAAUCUCAAAAAUCCAAGAAUGAUGUUCCUGCAUGUGUAUUCAAAGCCCCCGAUUUGAAAGAUAUUUUGAGUAUGGAUCCUUUGCAACAAGGACAGGCUCUUGUGGCUGCAAACAAAAAGAGGAAAAAACAACAGAAACGAGCUGAUAAAAUUGCAGUGAAGCUUUCAGACAGCUUAACUUCGGCCAUGAACUUUCUUUGAGACUUCUAAUUAAAUUAAACCACACAUCUA